AUGUUUCUUGUUUUCAGCGAAAAAUGGCCAAUCACAUCAUCUCGCGGAGUUACCUGGGAUAUGGUGCAAUUUCACCAGCUUUUCUCGUCCAAUCGAACACCACAUCGACCGAAUGAUUCAAUGGAUAGAUUUUUCAAGACAAGUGAGUUUUUUAUUGGGACGGUUUUUGAAAAUGCUGAAUUCGGCUUGAAAAAGGUCACGCAAAAGGUGAAAAAAUGACAUUUCUACUAAUUAUGUUCAAAAAGUGAUAUUUUGUAGAAACUGAAGGUGUUGCUCCUCAUCAUGUUAUUGUGAAUUGCAAUGGUGUUCUUUGGAAAGUCGACAUUCUCAACUCGAACAAUGAGAUCAAAUCAGCUGAUGAAUUAUACGCGAUUCUCAAAUUUAUCGAAUCCAAUUCGAUCGAUCAGAAGAAGUAUAGUGUCACAAAACUGACAACAACAGAUCGUGACACUUGGGCUCAAAAUCGUGAUGAACUUUUGCGAGUUAGUGCAAGAAAUUUGGAAAAUCUUCAUGAUAUUGAGACAAGCAUUCUGUUUCUAACUCUAGCUCCAGGAAAAGCUGGAGAUCAAUCGAGUUUUAUGAAGACUGUUUUGUUGGAUGAAUCAUGGAUGACUUGGCAGGAUAAAAGUGUAUCUUUGGUGAUUUAUCAAGAUGGACAAGUUGCCACACAAGGAGAUGUGAGUUUUUCUCUCAAAAAUGUUCCCUUUUCCAAUUCAGCUCACCUAAUUUGUUCUAUACCUUUUUUUUUGCACAAUUUCCGGAGUUCGCCCACAAAUUUCCUGAAUUUUCUGAAAUAAAUCAGAAAGUUCAAACUCCAAAUUGAAGUUUCAUCAGUUUAAAAUGAAAAAUGUUUUCAGCACUCAAACAUCGAUGCGAUUGUUCUUCUUCAAGUCGGAGAUUAUGUGGCUGAGAGAGUUCGAAAAGAACUAUGGCAUCCUUGCAAACUCGAAACCUUCCAAACUCCACUUCGACUCGAUUUUGAGCUCAGCGAGCAUUUGAGAAAUGAGCUAUCCUUAGCGGAUGUAUCCUUUUAUAAAAAUGUAAUUUUUUUAUCCAAAAAAAAAAACAUUUUGAUAUUUUUUUUCAGAAACGUUUGUAUCGCGCCCGUCCAAUUCACUACAGUACAUAUGGAAAUGAUUUGUGUCGAACUGCAAAAGUCUACACGGAUACUGUAAUUCAAAUUGCACUUCAAUUAGCUUACGUUAGAACUCAUGGAAUGUUUGCACCGAUUUAUGAAACUGCUUCAACCCGGAAGUUUUAUCAUGGAAGAACUGAAACUGUUAGAGGAUGUACACCGGAGUUUGUGAGAUUUGCGAGAUUGAUUUUAGGAGAAGAGAAGGAAGAAACAACUUCAGCGAAGGUAUUAUUCGAGGAGGCUAUUUUGGCGCAUAAUAAAUUGAUGGCUGAUUGUAUGGAUGGAAAUGGUAAGGAUUUUUUAGCUCUGAUUUUUGAUUUUCCUCCUAUUUUCAUCAAAAAGUUCACUUAACCUUGACGUAACCGAAAAAAUUAAUUAAAUUUUUUAUAAAUAAAAAAUACCGGAAAUUAAUUGCUUUCGAUUUUUACUGUCAAAAAUAGCUUUUUCCUCAAACUGCCACGCGUUUUUUUUAAACCAACAAGGAAUUAAAUUUUUGAUGAAAUUCAGCUGCACGUCAUUUUUUAUCGCUCCAAAGGAAAAAUGUUUUUAGGUCUCCAGAGACUUUUGAAAACUUCUUUUGUUUCAAAGAGCACUUGAGCAAAAAUGUUCAAAAAAUCGCAACAAAAUGUCUAUUUAUUUUUCCUUCCAGGCUUCGAUCGUCAUCUUCUUGGCCUCAAAAAAACGCUGGAAAUAAUGAACAAAGGGUGCGGUCCAAAAUGGGCUGUGCCCGAAUUUUUGCAAAAUGAAACGUGGCGUCGCCUGGGUGGAAAUGGCAAUUUCUUGCUGUCAACCAGUUUCAUUGGAUAUAUGACUGGAAAUCAAGUGGGAACAAUUGGAUACGUGGCAGCGAUGAGAGCCGAUGGAUAUGGAUGUUUUUAUCGAAUUGGCAAAGAUCGAAUUUCGGUGGCUGUUAGUGAUUGGGCUGGAACACGAUCCAAUAUUGAUGCGUUUUCGGGAAAUGUUGUUUGGGCAUUGGAUAGAUUGCAAGAAUUUAUGAGUGGAAAAUCAAAGAUGUGA